UCGAUAAACAUGGGCUGCUCGUUAUCCACGUCAAUCCACGUCGGGACGGACUUUGAGCCUCGGGCGGGUAUAUCAUCGGGUCCUUAUUACAUUCCGAUUAUUGCAGUUCUAAAAGUGACUUGAAGCAAUUCACCACGAUGUCGGCUAUAAAGAAAGGUGUUUUCAUUGUCGCAGCAAAGCGCACCCCAUUUGGCACAAUGGGAGGUAUGUUUGUGAACAAAAGUGCAACUGAUUUGUCAGUCGUUGCAUCGACUGCCGCGAUCCAGGCAGCAGGUUUAAAACCAGAGAAGAUUGACAGCGUUGUAUUUGGACAUGUUAUGGCAAACUCAUCCUCCGAUGGUGGUUUCUUGGCGAGACAUACUUUGUUAAAAUCAGGAAUUCCGCAACAAAAACCAGCAUUUAGUGUAAAUAGAUUAUGUGGUUCUGGCUUCCAAGCGAUUGUCAAUGGGGCUCAGGAGAUUUUAUUAGGAGAUUCAAAUAUUGUCUUGACGGGUGGUGCAGAAAAUAUGAGCCAAGCUCCUUUUGUUGUGAGAAACGUUCGUUACGGCACUGCCUUGGGCCAAAAAUAUGAAUUCGAAGACUCGCUCUGGCUUGGAUUACUCGAUACCUACUGCAAUUUACCCAUGGGUCUGACUGCGGAAAAACUUGGCGCGCAAUACAACUUGAAAAGGGAGGAAGUUGACAAAUUUGCCUUGAGCAGUCAGCAACGUUGGAAAGCUGCCAAUGACGCGGGUCAUUUUAAGGAAGAAAUAGCGCCUGUGCAAGUGAAAAUUAAGAAACAGGAUACAGCUGUUAGCGUGGACGAGCAUCCACGUCCACAAACGACGAUGGAGAGCCUAACCAAACUGAAACCAGUUUUCAAGAAAGACGGAUUGGUCACAGCUGGCUCUGCAUCGGGUAUCUGUGAUGGAGCAAGCGCUGUUAUUUUAGCCAGCGAGGAAGCUGUGAAGGCAGAAGGCUUAAAACCAUUGGCACGUUUGGUGGGAUACAGUGUUGUCGGCGUAGAUCCGAGUAUUAUGGGAAUUGGCCCUGCACCAGCGAUCAAAGAAUUGCUUAAAGUCACGGGCAAGACACUCGACGACAUGGAAAUUGUCGAGAUCAACGAAGCGUUUGGAGCUCAGACUUUGGCGUGUGCAAAGGAUCUUAAUUUAGACCUGAAUAAACUGAACGUAAAUGGCGGUGCUAUUGCUGUAGGACAUCCAUUAGCUGCUUCUGGUAGCAGGAUCACUGCUCACUUAGUGCACGAACUUAGGAGGCGAAAGGCCGGGAAAUUCGCCAUCGGUUCCGCUUGCAUUGGCGGUGGUCAGGGUAUCGCUGUGAUGGUAGAAGUGCUGUAAUCAAUUGUAAAGAUCGCACUUUUUUUAAAUUAAUGAUAUUGUAAUAUAGAAACAACGCAAUGCAAAGUGAUAUAUAUAUACAAUUUAUCAGUGUCAAACAAUUGUUAAUGCCUUUACUUAUCCUAUGAUGUGUGAGAAGCAAAAUUAUAAAUAUUUUUAUACAGAAAAUUUUAUAUAAUUUACUUUUGUACAUGUAGCAUUAAAGAUGUCGCAUUGUUGAAUAAAAUUAUAAUUGUAAACGUUUGAUAAAAAUA